UCUUGGGUCUGGUUUGGUGGUCCAAUCCUUUCCUACAUAUAUUUCUCUCCCUUCCUGGUUGUCUCUGAAGAAGUUCAAGGAGGAGAACGAAGGACAGCUUGGGUUGGUAAAAACAGAGAGAAUUAGUCUUAUCUCCUUGCAUCGAAGACCUAUUCUUCAGUAUUCAUCCCUCCAAAUCUCUGUCUCUAUUUUCUCAAUCUCUCUCUUUGUUUGAGUUCUAAGCUUUCCAAAUCAGAGCCCCUGCGAACCAGGCUUGUCGCCCCUCGGGUCUGGCUCCUCCGAUCCAAAAUACUGUCACUUGUCUCUACAAAACCAAGCUCUCCACCCAAAAGCAGCUUCCAAUCACAGUCACCUGGUGCAAGAACAUCACUGGCCAAGGCCUUAGCGUCAACAUCGGAGAUGACCCAUCUUCUUCAUCAUCCGCUCUGAAAAUCAACACACAUUCUCGAUUUUUCAGGAAAAUGAAAGGUAAUCGGACAUUUGAAUCCUGCAAUUGUAAUAUUGAAACUCUCUGGGAUCUCUCUAAUGCCACAAAAGCCGAUAAAUAGAGAAUAAAAUCUUUCAAUCCAACGCAAAGUGAAUGCGGUCGAGAAAAAUACUUGUAGAUCACUUGUAUAUAGAUCAUCACGUUCCUUCCGUAAAACCGACGAUGCUGCUUUACAAAUGGACGAGUCGAAGCAGACGAAGCGAAUCGAGUUGAUUCUCUGAAACUCACAGCAGCCAUAGACGACAUCGAUUCCCUAAGCGCCACGCCUUGUUGUGCCAGAAGUUUUAGGUUUUUUCUGUUCUCUUCUUUCUCAUUCAAUGGAAGAGGCAGAGGUUCUUUGUGAUCGGUUGGAAAUCUUUGUAGAUGGCAGUUUGCAGUGCAUAGGAAAUCCAAAACAGCUCAAGGCUAGAUAUGGCAGAUCAUACGUGUUUACUAUAACAACUUCAAAUCAAGAGGAGGAGGUGGUGGAGGUCUUGGUACGCCGUAUAUCUCCAAACACAGCCAAGAUAUACCAUUUAUCUGGAACCCAGAAGUUUGAACUUCCAAAACACGAAGUCAAGAUUGCAGAUGUUUUCCAUGCAGUUGAGGACGCAAAGAGCAAGUUCACAAUACAAGCGUGGGGUCUAGCUGACACCACCUUGGAGGAUGGCAUCAUCAAGGUUGCUCGAGGGGGCCAAGCAUUCGAUGAACUAUCAUGAUUUCCGGAGGUGUUAAUUAUACUUUAUUUAUUAUCUUUUUUUCACUCUUAUUCUUUUUCAUUAAUGUCCACGAGUGCUUAGUGUUUGGACAGUGUAGAUGUUCUUGUAAACUAGGUGAAUUAGUCUAUAAUUUUUGUACCAUGACAAUUGCAUUCUUUAUAAAGUUUCUGACGCAACCAAUAUUCUCUGUUGUA